GCGAGAGAGAGAGAGAGAGAGAGAGAGAGAGAGGCGAUGGCGGGGUUGUUGGCGUGGGCGGCGGACGUGGUGGGAGGGGGCGGGCCGAGCGACGGCGGCGGCGAGGGGGAGGGGCGGCUUCCGGUGAUGUUCACAGAGGAGCAGCAAAGGUACGCGGUGGAGCUCGACGGGAAGGCGGCAGCGCUGAGGCGGUCGAUCCAGGAUCUGCGGCUGAGAAUCCCGCCUGCUCACAUCUCGCAGCGUCUUCCUGACCUCCACGCCCACUCCCUCGCUUCCAACGCCGCCCUCGCCCUCCAAUUGAACGCCCACUCCACAACCCGAGAACAGGCACAACUGAGGGAGGUGACCCUCCAAGAAGAAAAUGUUGCGUAUGAAAAGGCUAUAUCAAAUUGCGAAAAGAAAAUUCAGGAAAAGUUGCAGGAGAGCAGCCUACUUCAGAGUAAAUUAGAGGAAAUGGACCUAGAAGAGCAGAAUUUGAAAGCUGAGCUGGAAAAAGCACUAGUUGCAAAGGAAACUAGUGCAGAUGAAACUUCAUCAACUGAUUCCAUUAGGGCAGAAAAUUCUCAAUUUGAGAUGGAAUCAUCAAAAGGUUUCAAGCUAGAGGAUUUAGAGGAGAAGAAACUAGAAUUGUGUCCAAUGGAAGAGACGAUACAGAGAUUGGAGAGCGAGUGGUCAUCAGUUCAACAAGAGUCCUUCAAGAAGCCUACUUCAGCUCAAAGAGAGAAGCUGCUGGAGAAGCAACUCCACAGCAUAAUUGAACAGUUGACAUCAAAGCAAGUACAAGCAGAAGGACUCAUAACCGAGAUACAAACUAAAGAGAAAGAAUUAGAGAGAUUGAACUCACUACGAAGGAAGCUUGAUAGUAGCAACACAGAUUUAAAUACCACAAGAAACCGAUUUGGGAAGAGCUUCGCAGGAUCUGGCCCUCUUGUAGAAUAUGCAAUUGAAGCCCAUCGAAGACCUCAUCAUACAGGCAGCAGAACAGAGAGCCAGCAGAAUCUCAUGCUUCUAAGAUCAGCUUUCAUUUUGUACAUAUUGGCCCUUCAUGUCAUCGUCUUUAUAAAGAUUUCUUCAUGAAUCACACUUUAGUUGA